AUGGCCCGACCCUCAGCGUCAAAGGCGAGGACACUAGGGCCUACAGUAGCUAUGUCAUAUAAAUCUGACACACCCCGCCCCAUUCUCCCGCUUUCCAUCACCCCGCCCCCUUCUCCCGCUUUCCAUCACCCCGGCCCAUUCUCCCGCUUUCCGUCACCCCGUCCCAUUCUCCUGCUUUCCAUCACCCCGCCCCAUUCUCCCGCUUUCCAUCACCCCGCCCCAUUCUCCCGCUUUCCAACACCCCGCCCCAUUCUCUCGCUUUCCAUCACCCCGCCCCAUUCUCCCGCUUUCGAUCACCCCGCCCCAUUCUCCCUCCUUCCAUCACCCCCUCCUUCCAUCACCCCCAUUCUCCCGCUUUCCAUUACCCCGCCCCAUUCUCCCGCUUUCCAUCACCCCACCACAUUCUCCCGCUUUCCAUCACCACGGCCCAUUUUCCCGCUUUCCAUCACCCCGCCCCAUUCUCCCUCCUUCCAUUACCCCCUCCUUCCAUCACCCUGCCCCAUUCUCCCGCUUUCCAUCACCCCGCCCCAUUCUCCUGCUUUUCAUCACCCCGCCCCAUCCUCCCGCUUUCCAUCACCCCGCCCCCUUCUCCCGUUUUCCAUCACCCCGGCCCAUUCUCCCGCUUUCGAUCACCCCGCCCCAUUCUCCCGCUUUCCAUCACCCCGCCCCAUUCUCCCGCUUUCCAUCACCCCGCCCCAUUCUCCCGCUUUCCAUCACCCCGCCCCAUUCUCCCGCUUUCCAUCACCCCGCCCCAUUCUCUCGCUUUCCAUCACCCCGCCCCAUUCUCCCGCUUUCGAUCACCCCGCCCCAUUCUCCCUCCUUCCAUCACCCCCUCCUUCCAUCACCCCCAUUCUCCCGCUUUCCAUUACCCCGCCCCAUUCUCCCGCUUUCCAUCACCCCACCACAUUCUCCCGCUUUCCAUCACCACGGCCCAUUUUCCCGCUUUCCAUCACCCCGCCCCAUUCUCCCUCCUUCCAUUACCCCCUCCUUCCAUCACCCUGCCCCAUUCUCCCGCUUUCCAUCACCCCGCCCCAUUCUCCUGCUUUUCAUCACCCCGCCCCAUCCUCCCGCUUUCCAUCACCCCGCCCCCUUCUCCCGUUUUCCAUCACCCCGGCCCAUUCUCCCGCUUUCGAUCACCCCGCCCCAUUCUCCCGCUUUCCAUCACCCCGCCCCAUUCUCCCGCUUUCCAUCACCCCGCCCCAUUCUCCCGCUUUCCAUCACCCCGCCCCAUUCUCCCGCUUUCCAUCACCCCGCCCCAUUCUCCCUCCUUCCAUCACCCCGCCCCAUUCUCCCGCUUUCCAUCACCCCGCCCCAUUCUCCCGCUUUCCAUCACCCCGCCCCAUUCUCCUGCUUUCCAUCACCCCGCCCCAUUCUCCCGCUUUCAAUCACCCCGCCCCAUUCUCCCGCUUUCCAUCACCCCGUCCCAUUCUCCUGCUUUCCAUCACCCCGCCCCAUUCUUCCGCUUUCCAACACCCCGCCCCAUUGUCCCUCCUUCCAUCACCCCGCCCCAUUCUCCCUCCUUCCAUCACCCCGCCCCAUUCUCCCGCUUUCCAUCGCCCCGCCUCAUUCUCCCGCUUUCCAUCACCCCGCCCCAUUCUCCCGAUUUCCAUCACCCCGCCCCAUUCUCCCGCUUUCCAUCGCCCCGCCCCAUUCUCCCGCUUUCCAUCACCCCGCCCAAUUCUCCCGCUUUCCAUCACCCCGCCCCAUUCUCCCGCUUUCCAUCACCCCGCCCCAUUCUCCCGCUUUCCAUCACCCCGCCCCAUUCUCCUGCUUUCCAUCACCCGCCCCAUUCUCCCGCUUUCCCUCACCCCGCCCCAUUCUCACGCUUUCCAUCACCCCGCCCCAUUCUCCCGCUUUCCAUCACCCCGCCCCAUUCUCCCUCCUUCCAUCACCCCACCCCAUUCUCCCUCCUUCCAUCACCCCGCCCCAUUCUCCCGCUUUCCAUCACCCCGCCCCAUUCUCCCGCUUUCCAUCACCCCGCUCCAUUCUCCCGCUUUCUAUCACCCCGCCCCAUUCUCCCUCCUUCCAUCACCCCGCCCCAUUCUCCUUUCUUCGAUCACCCCGCCCCAUUCUCCCGCUUUCCAGCACCCCGCCCCAUUCUCCCGCUUUCCAUCACCCCGCCCCAUUCUCCCGCUUUCCAUCACCCCGCCCCAUUCUCCCGAUUUCCAUCACCCCGCCCCAUUCCCCCGCUUUCCAUCACCCCGCCCCAUUCUCCCGCUUUCCAUCACCCCGCCCCAUUCUCCCGCUUUCCAUCACCCCGCACCAUUCUCCCGCUUUCCAUCACCCCGCCCCAUUCUCCCGCUUUCCAUCACCCCGCCCCAUUCUCCCGCUUUCCAUCACCCGCCCCAUUCUCCUUCCUUCCAUCACCCCGCCCCAUUCUCCCACCUUCCAUCACCACGCCCCAUUUUCCCGCUUUCCAUCACCCCGCCCUAUUCUCCCGCUUUCCAUCACCCCGCCCCAUUCUCGCGCUUUACAUCACCCCGCCCCAUUCUCCCGCUUUCCAUCACCCCGCCCCCUUCUCCCGCUUUCCAUCACCCGGCCUAUUCUCCCGCUUUUCGUCACCCCGCCCAAUUCUCCCGCUUUCCAUCACCCCGCCCCAUUCUCCCGCUUUCCAUCACCCCGCCCCAUUCUCCCGCUUUCCAACACCCCGCCCCAUUCUCUCGCUUCCCAUCACCCCGCCCCAUUCUCCUGCUUUCGAUCACCCCGCCCCAUUCUCCCUCCUUCCAUCACCCCCUCCUUCCAUCACCCCGCUCCAUUCUCCCGCUUUCCAUCACCCCGCCCCAUUCUCCCGCUUUCCAUCACCCCACCCCAUUCUCCCGCUUUCCAUCACCACGCCCCAUUUUCCCGCUUUCCAUCACCCCGCCCCAUUCUCCCGCUUUCCAUCACCCCGCCCCAUUCUCCCUCCUUCCAUUACCCCCUCCUUCCAUCACCCCGCCCCAUUCUCCCGCUUUCCAUCACGCCCCAUUCUCCCGCUUUUCAUCACCCCGCCCCAUCCUCCCGCUUUCCAUCACCCCGCCCCCUUCUCCCGCUUUCCAUCGCCCCGGCCCAUUCUCCCGCUUUCCAUCACCCCGCCCCAUUCUCCCGCUUUCCAUCAACCCGCCCCAUUCUCCCGCUUUCCAUCACCCCGCCCUAUUCUCCCGCUUUCCAUCACCCCUCCCCAUUCUCCCGCUUUCCAUCACCCCGCCCCAUUCUCCUGCUUUCCAUCACCCAGCCCCAUUCUCCCGCUUUCCAUCACCCGCCCCAUUCUCCCGCUUUCCAUCACCCCGCCCCAUUCUCCCGCUUUCCAUCACCCCGCCCCAUUCUCCCGCUUUCCAUCACCCCGCCCCAUUCUCCCACUUUCCAUCACCCCGCCCCAUUCUCCCGCUUUCCAUCACCCCGCCCCAUUCUCCCGCUUUCCAUCACCCCGCCCCAUUCUCCCGCUUUCCAUCACCUCGCCCCAUUCUCCCUCCUUCCAUCACCCUGCCCCAUUCUCCUUCCUUCCAUCACCCCGCCCCAUUCUCCCGCUUUCCAUCACCCCGCCCCAUUCUCCCGCUUUCCAUCACCCCGCCCCAUUCUCCCGCUUUCCAUCACCCCGCCCCAUUCUCAUGA